GAAGAGAAACAUCCCAAGGCUUCUGCUCAGAGGUGGGCCAUAAAACAUGAAGGCACCAGUAAGCCAGGCCAAUGGAAACAUUCCAAAGUUGACAAUCCUCUGUGGAACAAACUUACUUAUAUGUGGCCUGUCCUCCCCAAUGGCCAGAUCAAUGAGGAGUUUGAUUGGCCAAUAGAAGGACUGCUUGUGCCCAACAGCCCUCCCAUGAAGAAACCUAUUUAUAAGACCCUGGAUCAGAAGGUCCCAGUGAAACUCAGAGUUCUGAGGAAUGGAGACAAGGAUAAAAACAGAUCCCUUACUGUAAUUGGUCCAGGCAUGUCACCUGGAUGGAAGACACAGUGCACUGAAACUUUAAAUUUGCCUUCUGCAGCAAGGAGAUUGUUUAAUGAAAAGGGGAAGGAAAUCUUUGCCCUGAAGGAGCUGCAAAGAGAUGAACUGGUAUACGUCUCCUGUGGAGAACAAUGGAUCAAUCCUGACCUCUCCAUUGCCCAGCAAAAGAAGCAAAUCUUCCUCAGGAAUUUAGCAUCUGACAUUUCCAAAAUUCAAGCCUUCUGCUCUUCGCGCAAGGUAGAAGCUCUUGUUUUAGAAGUCCAAAGUGACAUUGUGUCUGGAAGCAAGCUUGCUGCGCAUAAACUUAGAGCAACUUUUGGAGAAGAGAAGCAACUUGAACAACCAGAGGGAAAACAAAUGCAAAAUGAUGUUUUAACAGCAGAACAUGCUUCCGGUGAAAUUCUAGAUUCACAUGCCAGAGCUCAUCUCCGAAUGGCAGCACUUCACCCGCUGCUCAGGUAUGCCUGGCAGGGCACUUCCUGCGGCUCUCAGGAGGACCACAUUCUUCCGAAGAAAGUGGAAGAAAAGCCCUUCGAAAAACUAAAACCACAAAAGGGAGACAGCAAUUCCCCAAAGUAUAGUAAAUUGAUGAAGGCCUACCGUCAACAGUUUGAAUAUAGAGAUGGACAAAUUAUAAGCCAUGCUCUGUCUCGGUUGGUCGUGGGAGUACAGGGUCCUGACCUCCGUUCAGGCAUGGAAGUGGUUUUGAUGGCGAAGAAAUCGGAUGAUAAUCGUCAACGCUGGAUACACAAGGAAGACAGCAGGACCUUUCACCUGGUGAGUAACCCAGAUCUGGUGCUGGCGGUCUCUAUGAUCAAGGCUCCGAAUGAAGCCAGCGGCUAUCCAGUUAUUAUUCAGAAAUAUAAGCCAUAUGAAAAUGGAGCUGCCAAUCAAAAGUGGCAUUACAAGGAAAACAUGAAAGCCUUUAUGGCCUUCCAGAGCACUGCCCUGGAUAAAGAAAUCACAUCAGCAAAUUUUGCUGGCAUAUGCACAUCAUCUGUCAUCAAAGAAAAUAUUGAUCAACCAGGAUAUUACUAUGUCUCUCCUGGUGAAAAGAGGAAAACAAUGCUCUGCCUGGCUUGUGGAAGAUGCAUGAGAGCAGCGAAGGGUCUGAAACAGUUGCUUCCAGGAGUUCCAUUCCUCUGUGCAUCGGGCUCCAAAACGCAGAAGUCCUUAUCUCCAGGGCCUUUCAUGGUCAUCAGUGCAGCAAAGGUUGAUCUAUCAUCUGAUGAGGUUGAGAAAACUCUAAAUUAUUAUGAAGAACGUCUGUUAUCCUUACGGACAAAGGCUUGCCCGCCAACUAUGGCUCACAAGGAUGUGGCAGCUCUGAACCAGCAGUCAGUGAAGAUAAUUGCAUACAGAAAUGGGGAAGGAUACCGCAAUGGAAAGUUAAUUGUGGCUAAAACAUUCCCCAUGCUUCUUACAGAAUGCAUGGAACAACUUGGACUUAACAGAGCAGCCUCAAAAGUGUAUACCAGAGAUGGAACCACAAUCCAUUCUCUGCACGAUUUAGUUUUAUGGGCUCUAGAGGAAGCUUGUAUCCAAAGAUGCACUGAGGAACAGAAGAAUGACAGAGCUCCUGUUGAAAGAGAAGAGAGCACUAUUGAAAAUAUCGAAGAAAACUCAAUAAUGAAAGCAAAAAACAAACUAUUUCAAGGAACUGGGAAAUCUGCUUGUUUGGAUGGUGUAGAUGAGGUUUUGCUCACCCUUGUUCUGAGAAAUCCUAUUGCCAUCUGGGUAUCUUGCGGUGAGCCAUUUCUACCUCCAAAUGCUUUACAGAAAGCAGAAAAAGAAGAGAAACGAAACUGGCUGAAAAAGGACAAACUUUUGGCUGAUUUAGAUACCAUGAAACACAAAAUGAGACAGUUAAAAGGGCGGCGAGUAGCAACACGUCAACCAGCCACCAUGGUUCCCACCAAAAGCCCUGCUCAGCCGGUGGUGGUAGAAGGUGGCUGGACAGAACAGACUCCAGAGGAAAUUAAACUCAUGGAACUUAUAAGGCUGACAGAGGCACAUCUUUCUGAGGUCCAAGAACUACAAUCCAAACCAAAGUCUCCAACUGUGACCAAACGUAACGCAAUCCAGCAGAGCAGCCUGUACAAACAACCCAACACCAAACGAGUUUGGGCUUAUAUGAAUGGACAAUCUCCUGAAGAUGGCACCUUUGCCUGGGGCAAAAGUAUUUCAGAGCUACUUGACAAUUGCUCCUCUCGGCUCAAAACUCCCCACCCAGCCAGAACCCUGUACACCCCAAGUGGAAAGCUGAUUCAGUCAUGGGGCGACGUAGAACGAGACAUGAUCAUAUGUGUGUCUACAGGACAUGGUUUUAUAUCCCAAAGAGAGUUAAAGCAACUGACAGAGAUGAGAGCAAAUUACGCCAGAACCCGAAGGCAGCAAGGUCCUCAAGCCACAGACAUUGUGAUAUCACCACCCACAAAGCUACUAUCUCUGUCAUAUCUAUAA